GGAAUUAUGAGUGCAAAGUUGACACUCUACUAUUUUGUUGGCUCUAUGCCAUCUCGAGCUUGUGUGAUAUUAUCAAAAGUGUUGAAUAUUCCAAUAGAAUUAAGAUCUAUCAACUUGUAUGAACGUGAGCAGCAUAGUGAAUGGUAUAAGAAAUUAAAUCCUGCUAAGAAAGUUCCCGUUCUUAUCGAUGGAGAUUUUAUUUUAACUGAAUCAAGAGCAAUUUUAGCUUAUUUGGUUGAUACAAGACAUCCUGGUAAUAGCUUGUAUCCAAAAGAUGAAAAGAAAAGAGCGGCGAUCGACGAAAGAUUGCAUUUUGAUGGGUCAAGUGUCUUUCCAAAAAUCAGUAAUGUUUUUCAAUCAAGGGUAAUGGGCAAAUCUGAAACCGAAUGCAAAAAAACUUUUAGGGAACUGACAGCUGUGGUUAAAACUUUAGAAGAAUUUUUAUCGAAAAGUGAAUAUUUUGCUGGAAAUGGAAUGACAAUUGCUGACAUUUCAAUAUUUCCGAACGUAACAGCUUCUCUUGAAUUCCUUCAUUUCAGGAUCUAGGCGUUGA